GCGCGCGGGCGGGGGCGACGCGCUCGGCGUCGGCGGGCGGCGGUGCGCAGGCGCGGGAGUUCCGGGCCGCAGGCUCGAGCCCGGGCGGCGCGGGGGCUUGUGGGAGGGCUCGGGGAGGAAAAUGGCGGACCUGGCGAACGAAGAUCAGCCCACGGCCAUCAGCCCGCCCGUGUUCGCCUUCCAGAAGGACAAGGACAAGGAGAGGGGGCGGAAGCCCCCCACGGAGCAGCCGGGCUUAGCGGACGCGGCCGACGACUCUCAGGGCGCGGGGUCUCCGGAGCCAGCCGGCCGGGGCUCGGCACCGCCAGGGAGGCCCCGCGACAGCUCCAGCCCCGAGGGAGGGGAAGACUCCGACCACGACGACGGCAGCUACUGUCCUCCCCUGAAGCGGGAGCGCACGUCCUCACAGCCAGAGGAGAAGAGCUGCGGGUUCCGGUUGAAGCCGCCCACGCUGAUCCACGGCCAGGCCCCCAGCGCAGGUGGGACCACCGCCCCGGGAGCUGGGGGGAGGGCUGGCCGGGGCCAGGCUUGCACCCGGGGCCCCGGGCCAGGCCUGUCCUCCCCCCCAGGCCUGCCCAGCCUCAAGCCCAAGGAGCAGCAGCGCAGCGUCCUCCGGCCCGCCGUGCUCCAGGCCCCCCAGCCCAAGACCCUGCCCCAGACAGUCCUCAACAGCAGCACCAACGGCGUCGCGCCCACUGCGGACGGGACGGCCACCCCGGCCGCGGCCUCGCCCGACAGCCCCGUGCGCAGAAGCCCCUGUGAGGAGGCCGGGGGCCCCGAGGAGACGGAAGCCAGGAGCAGCCCCAGGGCGCCAGGGGAGGAUCAGGCCCUGGAGCCGGGAACCCAGCAGGCCUUCGUCUUCGGGCAGAACCUGAGGGACAGAGUCAAGCUGACGCACGAGAACGCGGACGCCGCCCCUGAACCCGACGCCCCUGGCCCCCCCGGCUGCGAGCCCCCCUCCGCCACCAACUACUUCCUGCAGUACAUCAGCGCCAGUCAGGACAACCCGGGCGGUGGCCCCGAGGGCGGCAGCAAGUUCGUGUUCGGCCAGAACAUGAGUGAGCGGGUGCUGAGCCCCCCGAAGCCGAACGAGGCUGGCGCGGACGCCUCGCGGGACAGCACAGCCGCCGAGUCGGGGUCCGAGUCCACGUCGCAGGAGGCCGCCCCUGAGAAGGAGUCGCUGGCCGAGUCGGCGGCCGCCUACACCAAGGCCACUGCACGCGGCUGUCUGCUGGAGAAGGUGGACGUCGUCACGGGCGAGGAGGCCGAGAGCAACGUGCUGCAGAUGCAGUGCAAGCUGUUCGUCUUCGACAAGACCUCGCAAUCCUGGGUGGAGCGCGGCCGCGGGCUGCUCCGGCUUAACGACAUGGCGGCGGCCGACGACGGGGCCCUGCAGUCCCGCCUGGUGAUGCGCACGCAAGGCAGCCUGCGUCUGAUCCUCAACACCAAGCUGUGGGCGCGGAUGCAGGUGGACAAGGCCAGCGAGAAAAGCGUGCGGCUCACGGCCUCCGACGCCGAGGACCAGGCCGUCAGGGUCUUCCUCAUCUCGGCCAGCUCCAAGGACACGGGCCAGCUGUUCGCGGCCCUGCACCACCGCAUCCUGGCCCUGCGCAGCCGCAUGGACACCGAGCCCACCGCCCCCGCCCCCGCCCCCGUGCCCGCCCGGCCCGGAGACGACAGCGACGAGGAGGAGCGUCCCCGGGCCGCCCCCGCCGCCGGUGCCGGUGACGAGGGCCCCGGGCAGCCAGCCGUCAGCACAUAGCAGCGGGAACCCGGCCCAGCGCCUUCCGUCUGUCGGUCUCCGCCGCGCCCCGGGAGCCAGGCCUGUCACCGACAGACCCACGGACGCCGAGGGACUCGGGCUUCAUCACAUUGAUGAGCGAUCCCGGCCCCGGACACCGGGCCGGCCUCGCCGGGACAGACGGAUGGGCAGACGGGACGUAUGGACGCCCGGGCCCCGAGUCUUUGCAUCUGGUUCUGAGAUCCAGACGCUGGGGACCCCACCCCCCCCAACCAGAACCCAGAAUGGGGGGGUGUGGGGGGAGGGGGUCUUCACGGGGUCGGGCCUCUGAAACUCGGACUGUCGCCCCCUCCUCCCGGACCAGUCUAGGCGCUCGAGCGCCGGGGAUCCCCCCCAACCCCCGACUCCCGUGUGUCCCCCCCCCCUCCCCCCGUUCGGCACGGGCCGGGGCGGGUGGGUGAGGCCACGUAGGCUGUUGGGGCAGGAUGUUCAUUAAAACUUUUACCUACGGCCGCCUGUGCCCACGGGGGCUCGGCCCUGGGCCGUCCUGU